AUGGUACCUUUUUGGAGCAAAUGUACUUUAUCAAUGCUGAUGGAGACACAACGAUAUUUGCCAUGUUUGACACCUUCCGAACUGAAGCAAACUUUGAUUACCUUAGAAAUCUAUGACGGUGGCGAUAUGCAGUCGAAACUUCUCGCGAACUUCUCUGGAGCUAGCUUACCGGAGAACACCUUGAAGACGAGCGGCAAUCAGAUGACGAUGCGUUUCAUCACCGAUGGUGCGAUGCAGUACUUCGGAUGGCACAUGAUUUGGAACACUAAUUAA